CUCAUUGGCUGAAGGGUUCUUGUUAAAUGCCAGCCUUCUAUUGAAACCUGACAUGAUGGACCCAGUUUGGGUUGGAAUUCACGUUAGAAAAACCGACUAUGAGCGCCAUUUAAACAAGAUUUCAAAUGGCACCUUGGUUACUUUUGAGUAUUUUGAACGUGCUAUAAAAAGACUUGAAGAAAGCCUAAGCGAUUCAUACCGGAACUUUGAGCCCACAAAUAUGGUAUUUGUGGUAGCUUCAGAUGACCCUCAAUGGUGCAAGACACAAUUCGGAACAAUGCCCAAUAAGACCGUCAUAUUUGCCAACGAAGCCUUCAAAGACAAUUUGGGAUUUGACAGGAAGUAUUUAGAUAUGGCCAUCAUGUCCAAAUGCAACCACUCCAUCUUCGACUAUGGGACAUUUGGAUUUUGGGGGGCCUAUUUGGCCGGAGGUCAUACGAUACUGGCCCAUCACAUUGGCACUGGCAAGAAUCCCGAAGUGGAGAACGUCAGGCAAGCUGAACUGCCAAAUUGGCACUUCAUUGAAGCUCAUGGAAAGUCGUAACGCCCUCACUAACCCUUGCCGUCAUGAAUUAUUCAAAGAUGAUCAGGCAACGUGAGUGGCAAAUUCUACAAAUCGUACGCCAACAGCCUCUCAAUGAAAUUGUUUUUGGAUAUUCGCACUUCUACCUUUCAUCUGAAUAAAAGCUGACCAGAAAGAAAAAAAAACAUUAUUAUCAUCAUUGCCAAAAGAGUGAGGUCGGAAUGUCAAGUAAUUAAUCAUAUCAUGUUUAUUUUCAUUGAUCUCUUAUUUUUGUCAUUAAUUGACGCUCAAACAAAUGCAUAAAAGUCAAGUCUAGACUUGAGGAGGUAGAAGUGAGGAACAAAAUCGGAAUGCAAGU